AGGACAUCGCGGUGAUUUUCCGCAAGGAGUCCUGGGAGGCGCGCGCGGAUUUCUCCCAGGACAUCGCGGUGAUUUUCCGCAAGGAGUCCUGGGAGGCGCGCGCGGAUUUCUCGCAGGCCGACGUUCACCGGCAGGUGGCGAUCGUGCUGCGCACGCCGCCCUACGCGCACCUGGAGCUGCGCGAGCCCGUGCAGGUGGAGGUGUUCCGGCAGCGCCUCACCGACAGCGUCCGGAGCGAAGGGUUCCGCUUCACCUACCUGCCCCGGGACACCGACGCGUACCGGGUGCAGGUGAAGCGCAAGCGGGGAAUGCCCGACCUGCUGGAGGAGCUCUCGGGGACCGACCCAUUUGGGAUCGAGGCCAAGAGGAGGAAGAAGCCCCCGGGGUACCUGGAGCACUUCAUCCCCCUCGGGCCCACAGGU